GAGCGCCGCGCGGGCGGGCGGGCUCGGGCCGAGCUGGGGCUCCCCGCCGUCCACAUGAACGGGUUGUAGGGCAGCCGCCGCUGCCAUCGCCCUUUGCCUGACGGAAGGUGGGGCGGGGGCGUUUUGUGGGGAUAUUUUUUUUUCUUACAGUAUAUUUUUCUACGCUUUGCUAUUAAAAAAAAAAAAAACAAAAAAAUCAACCAACCAUGGUGCUGGGGAAGGUGAAGAGUUUGACAAUAAGCUUUGACUGUCUGAAUGACAGCAAUGUCCCUGUCUACUCCAGCGGGGACACGGUCUCAGGAAGGGUCAAUUUAGAAGUAACCGGGGAAAUCAGAGUGAAAUCUCUUAAAAUUCACGCGAGGGGACACGCGAAAGUGCGUUGGACUGAAUCGAGAAAUGCUGGAUCCAACACUGCCUACACACAGAACUACACUGAAGAAGUGGAGUAUUUCAAUCAUAAGGACGUCCUGGUCGGCCACGAGAGAGAUGAUGACAAUUCAGAAGAAAGUCUUCACACCAUCCAUUCGGGAAGGCAUGAAUAUGCGUUCAGCUUCGAGCUUCCACAGACACCACUUGCUACCUCAUUCGAAGGCAGACAUGGCAGUGUGCGCUAUUGGGUGAAAGCCGAAUUGCAUAGGCCUUGGUUUCUACCAGUAAAAUUAAAGAAGGAAUUUACAGUCUUUGAACAUAUAGAUAUCAACACUCCUUCAUUACUGUCACCCCAAGCAGGCACAAAAGAAAAGACUCUCUGUUGUUGGUUUUGUACCUCAGGCCCAAUAUCCUUAAGUGCCAAAAUUGAAAGGAAGGGCUACACCCCAGGUGAAUCAAUUCAGAUCUUUGCUGAGAUUGAGAACUGCUCUUCCCGUGUGGUGGUGCCAAAGGCAGCCAUUUACCAAACGCAGGCAUUUUAUGCCAAAGGGAAAAUGAAGGAAGUCAAGCAGCUUAUUGCCAACCUGCGUGGGGAAUCCUUGUCAUCUGGCAAAACAGAAACCUGGAAUGGCAAACAGUUGAAAAUCCCACCUGUUUCCCCAUCAAUCCUUGACUGUAGUAUAAUCCGUGUGGAGUAUUCACUGAUGGUAUAUGUUGAUAUUCCAGGUGCCAUGGAUUUAUUCCUUAAUUUACCAUUGGUCAUUGGUACCAUUCCUCUACACCCAUUUGGUAGCAGAACAUCAAGUGUCAGCAGCCAGUGUAGCAUGAACAUGAAUUGGCUUGGCCUGACACUGCCUGAAAGACCAGAAGCACCUCCUAGCUAUGCAGAAGUGGUCACAGAGGAGCAAAGACAGUCCAGCCUUGCACCCAUUGGUGCUUGUGAUGACUUUGAGAGAGCGCUUCCAGGACCAUUGUUUGCAUACAUCCAGGAGUUCCGUUUUCUGCCUCCACCCCUCUACUCAGAAAUUGAUCCAAACCCAGAUCAGCCCACAGAUGACAGACCAUCUUGCCCCUCUCGCUGAAGAAAUCUGUAACAAGCUGAUUUGAUUUGGGUUUUGAAUCAUACCUGCUGUGUUGAAGGUCAAGGCAUCAAGGUGGAGACACGCUUUGGAAGGAAGUGGUUUUGCUCUUUGCCUGUAUGGUGAAUAAAUGAAAACAACCUGUGAUCAUGCUUUCAAGCCUACAGUAAUGUUGUAGGACUGCUCCACAUGCUUGAAGACCUGAGCUUAUGUUCCCCUUCUUCCCCGUUUAAAUACUGGCACAUAAUAGGAGCAGCCUUACUAACCUGCAGUCAUGUGUGUCAAAACACUCAAACCACGUUUUAAGAGAGGGAUGGCUUCCUCUUCUGGUUUGGAAAUUUGCACAUGCUCAUUGCUUAUGUUGUGCGGUUCAGUGUCACUACAGCUUUUUCUCAUGUAUGCUGGACUGUUGUUACCCCCCCCUUUCUUGUUUGUGGUCCGCACAAUAAGGAGCAAAAGAAAGCUUUUUGACAAAACAGCAACAGCAACAGACUUUGACAAAUGCACUGACUUUUCUUUUUUUUUAUUUAAUGUAGCCUGGACUUUACCUGCAUAUGCACAUGCUCAGAAUUGUCCUAGUAGGCUGAUCAUGUAUCACCUCUUCAGCUUGGAUCCAAUUGUGGAUUUAUUUACAAACAUCAAAUGCCUUCAAGCCAAUCUUUCUUGCUGUAUGUUUUGCAGCCUACUGUAGUAGAUAAGCAACAGAUGUGGGGCUGGGGUGGGGGAUGGAGAGUUCAUAGAAAGAAACUAAUAGACUUCAUCAAGAUUGUAUACCUUCUUGAUUUCUUUUAAGAAUUUGUUGCCUUUCUACUAUAACCGCAAAGCAGCAUUUUGUUACAGACUGCCUAAAAAUCACUUAAUCUCAGGUGAACUCAUCACUUGCCAAACUGUUGGAAUGCUAUUUGUUUUGUUAUGUUGCACUGUUGAGUGGACUUUUUUUGUUUAGUGUUUGUGUUUUGGUUUUUUUUGUUCUUUAUUUGAGAGGGGGAUGGGGCAUAGGGACAUACACAAAAGUUACAAAACCCACCCUCAUUACCACUUCCUUCUACAUUUAAAAAAAUUUAUUAAGUUCUGAAGCUUUAAAAAGGGGGGAAAAAAGGCACAAAUGAAAGCAACACCAGCAGACACCAGCUUACCCUUAAGGAAAUAGUCAUACGCUGUCUAGCAUCUGUAGACAGAUCGGUAUCUCAAGUAGUAGGGAAGGGAAAGGAAAUUUUAUUUUUAUAUAUAGUUACCUUAUCACCAAAAAUUCUAUAUGUAAUGAGUCUCUAGUAGAAAGUAUCUUUCAAACUGCAGGAAAAGCUUGGACUAUGCUAAGAGCUCAGUUUGUGCACUUUGUAUUAUCUUCAGGGUUUAUGAUACUGUAAAAACAGUAAGACUAGAAGUUUAAUUAAACUGGGUGGGAUCAGUGUUACCAGCCAUACUUGGUUAUUAGCUAGAAUUGCUUCGAUGAUUGCAUCUUCUGUGGUACUCUCCAGAGCUUCAAAGCCAACAGAACAGCCAGUUUUACCACCUGUUCCCUGAGAAUGCCGUACAUUAAUGUGAAGAGCGCUCGUCCUUGCGCUUGCCUCAAGGAAGGGAGGAGUACAGUCGAGCUGUUAGAUGUGCUAACAUGACGGUGUUGGAGGUUGACAGCCAAUGGUCGCUUUCCUUCUCAGAAAUAAUGUUCUAAAACAUUUUGACAAAGGGACACAGGUCUGGUGUUGAUGACUUAAGAUGUAAUCUCUCAAGUAUCUUAUUUCCUUGUGCAAUAAAACGGCUCGAAAGGGAGCGGGGAAGCUGGUGUUGCUGCGUGGUGCUCAUUUUUAAAAACCUCUGCCUUGUUUUUAAGGCUUCAUAAAUGCGACAGAAUAGGCUUUUUCCAUAAGUGGCCUUUAUGAGAACAUGAAGGAUAAUUCAUGUUUUGAAAAAUGACAACAGGGUGAUAAACCACACGAGUCGCGUUUUAAGUGAUUCAAUUAAAGUCUUGAGCUUCUAGCAGAAGUAUUGGAUGAGCAGGAAAUUGGGUGAAGUCGCAUGUUACUAGGCUGAUUUUUGUGAAUGUCCCUUCCCUCUACCCUCUCCAACCAGACAAUUUUAAAAGCUGAUGGGAUUGUUGGCAUAAAAGGGCAUUUGGUGGUUUUACUUUUUUUUCCUUUUUUGUUACUUUUAACAGACUAGGGAACAAUUGCUGAUAGGCAUAGCAUUAAAGUACUUAUCACAAUAUAAUGGGAAAUCGCAUAUGAAGCAGGAUUGACCAAUAUCAUAGUAACUGAUGUGGCGUCACAGCCUUAGUGAUCAGAGUGAAAAAUUCUGCACCCUUCUCAAAUAAGGACUCUCAGUUGAAAUCAUGUUGUUAGUUGUUUGGAGGCAUUGCUCUUCCACAAGUAUUGAUAGUUCUCAGCAUUAUGAAACAUGAAGUUCACAGUUGUAGCCCAAUAUUUGAUAGAGAAUUCUGAUCCGGUUUAGGAAAAAGUAAGUAAAAUCCAAACAUUAGAGAAACAAAGUGCAAUAUUAAAUGUUUGCUUUAUAGAGUAUAUUCUAUGGCUGUUUGUACUUUUUUUUGUUUUAGUUUUGGUGCUGAAUAUGUCCUUGUAGACUCUGUUUCAAGAAAACAAUAUGUGGAAAACAAUUUAAUUUUUCCUAUUGCUCUUCC